AUGGGUGACAUCUAUCCGUCCCUGACGCAGUGCGCCAUUGUGGCGGCUGCGCUGAAGAUUUUGCUGUUCCCGGCCUACAAGUCUACAGAUUUCGAGGUCCACCGCAACUGGCUCGCCAUCACCCACAGCUUGCCCUUAUGGGAGUGGUACUACGACAAGACGUCAGAAUGGACACUCGACUACCCGCCAUUCUUCGCCUACUUCGAGUGGAUGAUGUCGCAGGUGGCCAAGCUGGUCGACCCGGCCAUGCUGAAGGUCUACAACCUAGAGUACGCUAGCUGGCAGACAGUCUACUUCCAGCGCUUCACCGUCAUCAUCACGGAGUUGUUGCUAGUCUAUGCCCUCCAGAUCUUCGUCGAUUCGUCCCCACGGAGCGGCGGCGGCGGCGGCAGCGUCGUCUCCAAGCGUGCCGCACAAGCCGCUGCCAUCUCUAUCUUACUGUCCCCCGGCCUGCUCAUCAUCGACCACAUCCACUUCCAGUACAACGGUUGCAUGUACGGCCUGUUGAUCCUGUCACUUGUCCUGGGCCGCGACAAGUCGACUCUGCUGUGGAGCGGGCUGGCUUUUGCUGCCCUCCUCUGCAUGAAGCACAUCUACCUCUACCUGGCGCCGGCCUACUUCGUCUUUCUCCUGCGCGCCUAUUGCCUCUCCCCGCGGUCUAUCUUCCGCAUCCAGUGGCUCAACUGCGUCAAACUGGGCUUCGGCCUGACUUCCGUCUUCGGCAUUGCUUUUGGCCCCUUCGCCCUCCGCGGCCAGAUUUCCCAGAUCUUCAGCCGGCUGUUCCCUUUCUCGCGCGGCCUCUGCCACGCUUACUGGGCUCCGAAUGUCUGGGCGAUGUACUCCUUUGUCGACCGCGUGCUGAUCCUCAUCGCUCCCCGCCUGGGUUUGCCGCUGAAGGAAGGCGCGCUGACGAGCACCACGCGUGGUUUAGUCGGCGAUACGGCUUUUGCCGUGCUACCCGACGUCUCGCCCCGCGUGUGCUUCGUUCUGACCCUGCUGUUCCAGGCGAUCCCGCUGGCCAGAUUGUUCAUGCAGCCGACUUGGGAGAACUUUGUGGCAGGUGUCACCCUCUGCGGGUUUGCGUCGUUUCUGUUUGGCUGGCACGUGCAUGAGAAAGCCAUUUUGCUGGUUAUCAUCCCAUUCAGUCUCAUUGCGCUACGCGAUCGGCGGUUCCUGGGCGCCUUUCGGCCGCUUGCUGUGGCGGGUCAUGUGUCGCUGUUCCCGCUGCUGUUUACGCCUGCUGAGUUCCCGAUUAAGACAGUUUACACAGUCUUUUGGUUGAUUUUGUUCCUAAUGGUGUUUGACCGGCUUGCGCCAGCAGCAAGCAGGGCACGGCUGUUCUUGUUCGACCGAUUCAGCACUCUGUACAUCACAGUCAGCAUUCCACUGAUUGUGUACUGCUCGUUGGUGCAUGGCAUACUCUUUGGCAACAAGUACGAGUUCUUGCCUCUCAUGUUUACCAGCUCGUACUCGGCUAUUGGAGUGGUUGGCAGUUGGGUUGGGUUUAUGGUGGUGUAUUUUACGUCCUAA